AUGGAAAGUUCUGGAUUUGACUUGGAAGUCCACGGAGCUGCUUGUGGUUGUGGAGAAGGAGUUGCACUGCCACGUUGUGCUGGAGAAGUGAUUGAUGCGAAUGAGGGGCAAGAUGAAGGAGAAGUAAGGUGCGUGGAGAGGGAAAGAGAAGCUCUGGUGAGGUUCAAGAAAGGUGUUAUAGAUGAGAGUGGAAUUCUCUCAUCGUGGGUAAGUGAAGACAGCAAGAAGGAUUGCUGCAAAUGGAAGGGUGUUGUGUGUGGCAACACCAACACCAACACCUACACCAACACCAACACCACCUAUGCUCAUGUGAUCGCUCUACUACUUGGUUAUGAGUACAACGAUUAUCCUUACACCAAACCUUUGGGAGGUAAUAUUAGUGAUGCCUUGCUGGAAUUGCAUCACUUAACUAAUUUGGAUUUGAGCAUGAACGAUUUUGAUUAUCAGUUCCCACGAUUUAUGGGUUCCAUGAAACAGUUAGAGCACUUGAAUCUUCGUGCUUGCUACCUUCAUGGGACUCUUCCUCCUCAACUAGGAAACCUGACCAACCUGCGGACACUUAAUCUCUGGGGUCCUUUAAGGUCUGAGAAUCUUGAUUGGCUUUCUCAUCUCUCUUUGCUGAAUCGACUCGAUCUGAGCUUGAUUGACUUAAGUCAUACAAGUUGGCUACAACAAAUACUAAAGCUUCGUUCCUUGCAAGAAUUGAGCUUAGCUUACUCUAACAUUGGAGCUACUAUACCAGCUGGGGUACCCUCUGCUAAUUCUUCGUCUGUAUCUCUUUCCAUCCUUGAUUUGUCAUGUAACGCGUUAGUGUCUUCCAACCUUGACUGGUUAUUUAACACAAGCACGAGACUUUCUAUUUUAAACAUGCGAAGGAAUAAAUUAGAUGGCCAAAUCCCUCACGUGUUUGGGAGACUGGUUCUUCUUGAGGAUCUUGAUCUUUCUGGCAACAUGCUUGAAGGUGGCAUCUCUGAAUCAUUGAGGAAUUUGAGUCAUUUGCAAGCCUUAGACUUGUCCAGUAAUGACUUUAGUGGAGAUCUUGAGGACUUUUAUUUGGGAAUCUAUCUACUAAAGUAA